GAGCGUCGAACGGAGACUGCAACGAUGGGAUACUUUUCCAAACGAAACAUAUUUAUCUACUGCUGUAUAUCGGCAUGUUUAUCAUUGCUUACUUAUUUGGUGGCGUUCUCUUGCGAAAUCUCCUGGAUAUUGGAGGCCCGCGGUGACCUGCCCAUACCGGCCUAUUUGCUGUGCGCCCAGUUCUUCAUACUCUUCAUCUCGUCCGCGAUCUUGAUCCAUGGCCUAUCGACAGGCAUUUCGUGGGGUCUGCUCAGCUGGUCGAUUAUAAUCGGUGUGCUGUCGGUUCCGGAACUGGCACUAGUCAUGUACAUGACCAUACAAUAUUGGGGUCUACAAUCGGCGCACGGGCUAACGGAAUUAAUUGGAUAUUUAAUACGUUUAAUAGUCAACUGCUUAGCACUGUUGUGCGUUAUUCCGACAGCAUUAAGAUGGCGACAGGAGAAGAAAGUGUUAUCCCAGCUCGAAUCACUUGCCUCACGACUGCAGCUGACAACACCGACACCGACAACUCCCUUCAACGCUACCACCGGCAUGAACUCACUGCGUGCGAGCAAGCGUAGCACUCAAGGCGCUCCGAACGGUUCCAGCCGACGACCCUCGACCGGCUUCGACAAUCCGGGAUACGUUCCGCACGAAAGCAACUCGCUCGACAUUGUCCAGCAGUAUACGGCCUACAACAACCUGUACGGAUCGCAGAGCGAAUUCAAUGCCAGCAUCUUCGGGCUGCCACCGGCGAUGCCUACCGGACCGCCGCCAAUGGUGCCAGAGUGCAAGAAAACGCAGUCACUGCUUGAUCUGCGCUUCAUCUUUCCACCAAAGUUUCUCUCGACGCACACCACGAUCAGUGAGAAGAAAUCCAAAGACUCCUCACCGGCUGCCGACGAGCCGGACACUGUGCUGCAAAAUAAUCUGAAGAAUCAAAUCCACAACAAGUUGCACGAUGUGCCUGAGAAUGGCACACUGCGACAGGCACGCGAAAAGGAUACGAAUGCCUCGAUCGAACACACGGGUACCGUAGCGACACUGGCGAACGGCGAUGGACCGAUUUCGUCCACGAACGAUCCCAUCUACUACACGAUCGAGUCAACCAAAAACAACAAAAUUUUGGGCCGGAAUUGUGUGUCGCUCGAGAAUUUGGGCAACAUUACGUUCUCGGAAUCGCCACUGCCAGUUAAGAAGCACGAUCUACCGUACUACCGCUACGGACACAAUCUACUGAAAAACUAUGCCAUGAAUCCGUGGAAUGUUCUCGCCUACAAUCCGGCCUACAGUGCGUACCCACCGGCCUACUAUCACUAUCACAUGAUAAACCCGUACCAUCUGUAUCAGUUGCAUCAGCAGCAACACGGUAAUUACCACGGUGGGGCUGGAAGUCCGAUCCCUCCCGGGGGAUACUUUGCGGGACCUCCUCAUGCUGGUGGACUUCACGGUGGACCUGCCAGCUACGGGAAGAGUCACUCACAGCUGGCCAGCUACGGGUAUGGCAACAAUCUCUACCUAAACGGUGCCACCGACAGUCGGCAGUCGCUCGGCAAUGAGUCGGACGAUUUUCGAAAGUAUCGUGAUGUGGCCCUAUAGUAGCAG